AGAGACACCCAGAUGAACAUACAGGUGGACAGAGACGCAGAUAGACGGAUGGAGAGAUGCAGAAGGAAAGAGAGACACAUCGAUGGACAGAGACACACAGACAGAUGUAGAGACAGUGUAGAGAGAUAGUGUGAGACAGACGGAUGGACGGAGAGAAGCAGAUAGAGGUAUGGAAAGACAGUCAGAAGGAUAGUGAGACACAGAUGGGUGAUAAAUGCAGACAGAAGGAAGGAGUGACACGGAAAGGCAAAGACAGACUGAUGGACAGAGAGACACAGAUUUAUGAAAAGAUAGAGACAGACAGAUGGAUAGAGAGACAGAUGAAUGGAGAGAGAGACUCAGAGAGGUGCACAAACACACAGUCAGUCAGAAAGACAGACGUGACUCAGUUCCUGUUGACAGGUUGGUGUAGAGCAGAGGGGAAGUCCAGUCCAUACCGAGUGUACCAUUCUAUCUCUCUGCCACAUUGUGCUCCGUUUUGUUUGGCACGUUUCCUCUGUGCUGUGAAAACCACGGCACAUUGUUUACCUCCGAAAAGCAAACACAGCUCUGCUUAUAAACUACACAACUAUUUUACAGCACAAUUCACCUCGCCGUAGUAACACAACAGGAUAAUCCGCUCCAUUUACGAGUGUGUAAGUCUGUGCUAAGCCUAAGCUUAGCAUAAUCACUAAGUUACAUCUCACACACUACGCUAAGUUACAUCUCACCCAUUUUUACUCUCAUGUCACCUUUAAACCUAGUGCAAGAUCUGUUUUGUGUUCGGGAUUUUCUAAAUUAGUACGUAAGGUCUUCGAUUUGAGUUUUCUAUUUGAGACGCAGUUCAUGACAACAAUCAAGAAGACAGCGGAAGGUUUUAAGAGAGACAGAGCUCGUCAGUGUGUUUAACAUCGCUGUGCAUGAAAUCUCUAAACAUUUUAUAGACUUGGAAACCUGAUGGACAGAGAUGUUCUGGUUUUGACGUGCCAUCUAGUGGACGUCGCUUUUAAAUCUUCUGGAUGUACGCAAGACGCGCAGCGAGUCUCACGUUGCCGCUGCUAUAAACCAGGCUGAUUCGCAUCGUAUCGUAUCACACCACCCUGAUGUGGAUUAUUCUCCUGUAACAACACAGCACUUCCUACUAGACUGGUGUUGCUGUAGCGGUGUUGAUCGUGGGCUGUAGGAGAGUCUCUCUCCUGUUCGUUUCCGCUGCCCUGAUGUUCCCCUGCAGCGCCGUCGCUUCAUGAUCACAUGACCCUGGAUAUGGACGCAGUCCUGUCCGACUUUGUCCGCUCUACAGGAGCCGAACCCGGACUGGCCAGAGACCUACUGGAGGGUAAGAACUGGGACCUGACAGCCGCCCUGAGCGAUUUCGAGCAGCUGAGGCAGGUGCAUGCUGGGAGUCUGUCCUACUCGUUUCCAGAGGAGAGGGAGCAGACGCUGACGGAGCACAAGGACAUGACGAGAGUGGGACGGCCGCUGCUGCACCGGCAGGACGACGUGGUGCAAGCCACAGAGAAGCGUCUGUCUCGAGGAAUCUCUCACGCCAGUUCCACCAUCGUGUCUCUGGCUCGCUCUCACGUGUCCAGCGUAGGAGGUGGUGGUGUUGGUACCGAGAUGCUCCUGGACACCCCCGUCUGCACCUUCCAGCUGCCUGACCUCACCGUGUACCGCGACGAUUUCCGCGGCUUCAUCGAACGCGACCUCAUCGAGCAGUCCAUGAUGGUGGCCCUCGAGCACGCAGGUCGACUAAACUGGUGGACCAAGCUGGGUUCAGGAUGCCAGAGUCUGUUGCCCCUGGCUACCAGUGGAGAUGGAAACUGCCUCCUUCAUGCCGCUUCUCUGGGCAUGUGGGGCUUCCACGAUCGAGACCUGAUGCUGCGGAAGUCUCUGUACGCCCUGAUGGACCACGGCCAGGAGAGAGAGGCGCUGAAACGCAGGUGGAGGUGGCAGCAGACCAUGCAGAACAAAGAGUCAGGGCUGGUGUACACUGAGGAGGAAUGGCAGAAGGAAUGGAAUGAGCUGUUGAAGUUGGCCUCCAGUGAACCCAGGAUACACUACAGCACAAAUGGCACCAACGGUGCGGAGUCGCAGGAGGAACCGGUGUAUGAGAGUCUGGAGGAGUUCCAUGUGUUCGUUCUGGCUCAUGUGCUCCGCAGACCGAUAGUAGUGGUGGCUGACACCAUGCUGAGAGACUCAGGAGGAGAGGCCUUCGCCCCGAUCCCGUUUGGUGGGAUUUAUCUACCCCUGGAGGUCCAGGCUCACAAGUGUCACCGCUCGCCACUGGUCCUGGCCUACGACCAGGCGCAUUUCUCCGCCCUGGUUUCCAUGGAGCAGAAGGAUGGUUCCAAAGAGCAAGUGGUGAUUCCUCUGACUGACUCGGAUUAUAAGAUGCUUCCUGUGCACUUUGCUGUGGAUCCAGGCAAGGACUGGGAGUGGGGCAAAGACGACGUGGACAACGUGAUGCUCGCCAGUGUUACUUUAUCUCUGGAGGCGAAGCUCCACCUGCUGCACACCUACAUGAACGUAACAUGGCUUCCUCUGCCAUGUGAGGUACAGCAAGCACCUCUGGCCCAGCCCGAGUCUCCGACUGCCUCAGCCGGCGAGGACGCCCGCACGCCCCCUGAUUCUGGUGAAUCCGAUAAAGAGUCUGUGAGCAGCAGCUCCAAUGGAAAUGGGGACAGCAGUGCAACAGGCAGCAGCAGCGGAACGGCGGGUAAAUCCUCCAGCUCCUCGAGUUCGUCCAGCAGCGGCUCAACCGGAACGAUGGGUAAGGAGAAGAACAAGAAGGACAAAGAAAAGGACAAAGAUAAAGAUAAGAAGAGGGCUGACUCAGUGGCCAACAAGCUGGGCAGCUUUGGUAAGAGUUUGGGCAGCAAGCUGAAGAAGAACGUGGGUGGUUUAAUGACAGGAAAAGCUGGGGCAGGUGGCUCUGGCAAGCCUGAAGGUGCGGAGAAGAAAAAGGGGUCCAUUCGUGGACGCAAAGACAGCAAGGACGGCAAAGACGGCUCUCCCUCAGCCCAUCCCGGCUCGGAGGACUCGGGCAAAGGCUCUCCAUCCUCGCAGAACGGAAACAGCUCUUCUGAAGGCGACUCAUACAAGUACAGCGCAGACGUAAAGGCGAGUCUGAGCAUCCUGCGUGCAGCUAUGCAGGGCGAAAGGCGAUACAUUUUUGCCGGCCUUCUGACUACUAGCGACCGGCAGCCGUACCAGGAAGAGAUGAUUCAGCGAUACCUGGUGGAUGCAGAGGAACGUUUCCGUGCAGAGCAGGAGCAGAAAAGGGAGGCUGAGCGCAAAGGGGUGAUUAAUGGAGCGCAACCCAAGAAAGAGCCAUCGGAAUCGGGUUUUCGAGGCUUUGACGGAAAAGAGGAUGUGACAGAAGCGCCACAUACCCAUUAUAACACCCUCAAAUCACCCUCUUUUACCCCAUCACUGUAUACAGGAGUUGUGCCCAUUCCCAGAUCCAACUUCCUUGAGCACUCACCCACUCCGCUCCCCCAGCACCUUCACAUCCCCGGCUACAUGGACACCCGGCGCCAGCUAGCUGGAGGCUCACCAUCCACCUAUCCGGGCUUGCCGUCCUACGCCACCCUACCCCGCCACUGCCCCUUGAGCCAAGGUCCUGUCCAUGCUCACGGGCAUUACCACCCACCCGCCCCAGCCUGUGCAGCACCUUGCUUCUCUUCCUCUUACACCCAUCAGCAGGAUAUACCCGACUUCCACAGUGAGUCGGUUGGUGGCGCGUAUGCCAACGGCUUGCUAUCAGGACUAGACAGCCGAGGUGGUCCGCCUCCAGUCAGGCACUAUUCUCUGGGCAGCGCCGGCGGAUUGGCGAGCCUGCAGUCAAGCCGGUGCCGAACACCGAGCUGCAACUAUUACGGACACCCAGAAACCUGCAACUACUGCUCAUACUGCUACAGGGAGGAGCUGAAGAGAAGAGAAACUGACACGGCCAUGCACAGGUUCUAAGGUGGCACCAUGUUCAACUGGUACCCUGUAGUGCCGUCUUCUCCACGUGGGACUCAGCAGGUCUCAAGCAGGAUCUCGCUGCAGAAUUUCGAUGGGCCUUCCCGUGCCGUUGUGAGGGGACUACACUUAGUCGACACUGAGGGGAUGGGCGCAAAGUCAGGAGUCCAUACCUCUGUUACUUUUGCAGUGGAUUUUAGGUGGUAGAUUUGUCGUCGGCGCCGUUGUGCCGUUCUUUCUUGCUAUGUCGCAACACACCCUGAUUGUGACAAGGGUGUCGAGGCAGUUUUUUUUGUCCUGGGUGGCACAAACUUGUGCUGCAUUGAAUAAAGACAUUACAUGCAAGAUAUAUAACAUGAAGCACAACCAGAAGAUGCACAUUUGUACAGCUUCACAUUUACAAGACAUUCAGUGACUCUUGGAGGCAUGUUGGCAAGGGAUGAAUAUGGUUUAAUGAGAAUUUUGCCAUAAGAAUCUAGAGAUUUUUUUUUUUUUUAAACCCAAAUCACCCAAUGUUUUAUCUCUGCCCCAAAGCCAUGUCCUAACAAGAUUCUUCUGACCAUUUUGCUUGUCUGGUAUCUCCAAUCGAUGGGGCAAAACUUUGACAGCCAAAGGUCUUACUGUAUAGUAACUUGUAGGUGAAGGUGAAGAGCGAAUCUAGCAGGUACAGAAAGCAGUUAACGUUGUGUCCAAGUCAGCAAGACACUUGUUUGAGAUGCCGUAUUAAUUUAUAUUAAUUAAAGACUCUAGUCUCAGAAAAUGUUCAUCCUGCUGUAAUCAUCUGCUGAAGUCUUUAGAUAUUGUAACCCUCAGCUAAAAUACUCAAAGGUUUGAGGAAUUUUUUUUUAAUCCUCUGAAGUUAAUCCGACCUGUAGGGUGAAUAGAAAUAGCAAGACGUGCUGUUUUCUUCCUCCAAAUAAUAAAAGGUGGGUCAGUGGACUUUUCUCUGCACAAAGUCAAGCACUUUUCUAAUAUCCUGACAUUGCAUGUUUUUCUUUGCUAUGAUGAUGAUGACGAUGAUGAAGACACCAGCCUGUUCUGUUCACCAUCAGACA